AUGAAUACUAACACAUUGCGGGCUUAUUUUAGGGCGAAAAGGGGAGAAGUUAGAGGUUUGGCGUAUCGGGCUAGGAUGCAUCGUCUUUUUGCUGAGCUGCAGCCAUCUUUAACCGUCACAGAGCAAAACCUGGCAGACCGAGUUCGGUAUCUCUUGCGCUCAAAUAUAUUUGAUGUCGCCAAACUCGAACGGCUACGACGUGAGGCUGUUCCGUCAUUGGAUGAAAAUGCUACGGCUGAGGAUGCGGCGCCACAAAUUGCAGAGCAACCCGCAAACGUGGAUGCCGCCUUGAAUAACCCAGUUGUGGUUGAUUCAAAAGAUGAUGAAACAGUCGCCCAGGAACUGGAAUUAGAACGUAUGAGGAGUACAUUGAAAGAGACGAUUAUGGAAACGCGUACUACGCCUCUCGAAAAUCAACCGCGACUUCACCGCAUAGCCCUAAGCAAGCGGAAUCCGGCUGUCGUGAGGGCUCUAAACCCAAUGCUGGUGACCUAUUUGGAAGCCAGCCGGGACCUUUGCGAGACGAACUUAAAUAUUUUUGGCCUAGCACUGGCAGUAUGCCGUAUUAUAGGCGCCAAACUUUCCACGGCUGGACGCGCUACUGGAUAA